AUGACGAAGCCAGGCCAGCCUCAGGGGCACGGGGCCCCUAAAGGGGCCCCCAAGGAGGCCCACAAGGAGGCCCUCAAAGAGGCCCCCAAAGGGGCCCCUAAAGACGCCCCCAAGGAGGCUCACAAGGAGGCCCAUAAAGAGGCCCACAAAGGCCCCAAGGAGGCCCCCAAGGAGGCCCACAAAGAGGCCCCCAAGGAGUUCCACAAAGAGGCCGCUGAAGCCCCCAAGGAGGCCCACGAAAAUGCCCCCAAAGAGGCCCCGAAAGAGGCCCCUGGGGAGGUUCCCAAGGAGGCCCCCAAAGAGGCCCCUAAAGCUCUCAAAGAUGAGCCUGAAGAGGCCCCUAAACCCUCCAAGGGGGCCCCCAAGGACGCCCCCAAAAGAGCCCCCGAAGAGGAGGCCCCUGAGGAGGGGCCCCCUCAGGAGGAAGCUGGGGGCCCCCCGGGCGAGCCUUGUGACGGUGCGGGUGGCACCGCGGGGGGCUCCCCGGGGGCCCCCGAGUCGCCCCGGAGCCCCGGGGGGCCCCCCGAAGCGCCGAGGGUCCCCCCGGGGGCCCGCGGGGGCCCCGCAGAGGAGGCCCCGGGGCCCUCGCUGCUGGAAGAAGCUGUGUCGGACAUGAAGAUGGGCACGGAAAUAAUGAAAGGAGCCACGAAAGAAACAGCAGCAGAUGCAGCAGAAGUGCUGCGGCUGCGGGCGCAAGAAACUGUGGAGUGGGUGCGGCAGCUAAGUGCUGAGGCCGGGGAGUAUGUGGGCCUCGCGUGGGAGUCUGCGAAGGAGAGCGGGGCGCAGGCCUCAGCAGCAGCAGCAGAAACUGUGCGGGAAGCAGGAGCAGCAGCAGCAGAAACUGUGCGGGAAGCAAGAGCAGCAGUAGCCGAGUUCAUUGCCCCCCACUGA